GACCCAGUCUGAGGGUGGUCAGUACUGUAUCUGUUGGUUACGAUCACGUGGAACCACAGCAACUGAAGGAAAGAGGUGUUCUCCUGGGGAAUACCCCAGGAGUCUUGACUGACGCCACUGCAGAGCUGACCGUUGCUCUUCUACUCACAACAUCCAGACGACUCAUUGAAAGCACUCACCAUGUUAAAAAUGGCACGUGGGGCUCUUGGAAAGCUUUUUGGAUGUGUGGACCAGGUUUGUCUGGUAGCACGGUAGGCCUGGUUGGCUUGGGCCGCAUUGGACAGGCUGUUGGACAGCGGCUCAAAGCGUUUGGUGUGAAGAGGUUCUUGUACUGCGGGCACUCUCCGAAGCUGGGAGCUGAGACCUUGCCAGCAGAAUUUGUAUCCCUGGAUGAUCUACUGCAGCAGUCGGAUUUUGUCGUCGUCUGCUGUGCGUUGACACCAGAGACCCAAGGGAUGUUCAACAGUGCUGCCUUCAAGAAAAUGAAGAAGUCUGCAGUAUUCAUCAACACCAGCAGGGGUGAUGUCGUCAAUCAGGACGAUCUGGUGGAGGCCUUGCAGUCAGACACCAUAGCUUAUGCUGGACUGGACGUGACAACCCCAGAGCCACUACCAGUGGAUCACCCGCUGCUCAAGUUGACCAACUGUGUUGUUCUUCCCCACAUUGGUAGUGCCACCGUCGAGACGAGGACCGCAAUGGCUAUGCUGUCCGCUAGAAACCUUCUCGCCGGUCUUGAAGGAAAGCCAAUGCCUGCCCAGGUCCAGCUGUAACUCACAGUAGCGCUUUGUUUAUUUUUACUUCAUUGCAUCUUUUCCACCAUCAGGGCUGAACCUCAAGACUGAAUAUCGACUGUUCUAACAGUUUGUGAAGAACAAAUGACAUUGUGGAAAUGUUGCUUUUGAUUUUGAACUGCGCAUUAACCAUUUAUUGCACCCCAUUAUCAUGCCAAUUAGAAUGCUCACAAUUUUCUUGAUAAAGAAAACUACUGAUCAAACCUGAAAUAUAAAAGAAACAAAUCAAAACGUAUUCUACCUUUUUUGAAUUCCAAGACAAGUUUACAUGUAUUAACUGAAAAUUGAAUGCAUGAGAUGUAUAUAGUGGACAAGUUGAUCCUACAAAAUCUUUUAAAACAUUCUCACCCUUUUUGCCUUAAUUCAAUUAAAGCUUAAGAAUGAACACUGUCAAUGUACAAAAAAAAUGAGAUGUGCUAUAAAUCAACCAUAAUGACCGUAACCACAAUCUGA